CGUGGAACCAUGAUUUUGACAAAACAAUUAUUGGAGUCCUAGUGAGGAGUGGCGAAGCAGAAGUGAAAUAUGAAUAUAAAAGCCUAAGAAAUUUCAAUUGACAGCUUCAUUAGUUACCAGAUCAUCAGAAUGAGAGUUCUAACACUUGUAACCAUAAUUUGCGCCUUAAUGGCAACAAUGUCAGCGGCAGAAGAGUUAGUACGUGAAAAGCGCCAACAUCAUGGAAUAGGAGGAGGUUUUGGAGGUCAUGGCGGUGGUUUUGGAGGUCGAGGCGGUGGCUUCGGAGGUCAUGGCGGUGGUGGUUUCGGAGGUCGUGGUGGAGGUUUUGGUGGUCACGGACGUGGAUUUGGUGGUCACGGCGGAGGCUUUGGUGGUCAUCAAGGACAUGGUGGAUUUGGCAGCCAUAGAGGACAUGGUGGAGGCUUUCGCCAUCAUGGCUAGCCAUAUUAUAAGCGAAUCUGUGAAUUAUUCUUAAGGAAGAGAAAUGUUUUGUUAAUGGGAAAAUAAAAGCUACAUUUGUACCUCAA